AUGGAUAAGAUAAGGGUUCCCUCACCGUCUACUAUUCUACACCCUGUUCCCGCCGCUUCGUCUGCUGGUCGUUCCAGAGCUCCCGUCUCCACUCAGAAUGCGGCGCCGGUGCAGACCGCUACUGCUGUGACGACUAACAAACCCAAGCAGUCCAAGAGCCGUAAUGGUUGUAUCACCUGCAAGGCAAAACGAUUGAAGUGCGACGAAUCAAAGCCGACCUGUCUUCAAUGCAAGAAACGAACCGUGGAAUGUGGAGGGUACAAGAAGGACUUUAAAUGGCGUUCAUUUGGGGAAGCCAAUGUUCCUGGACGGAGUACUGCCCCGAGAACGAAAAAAGGCAGCACGUCGCCCUCUUCUGGGAAGUCCACCCUGCACAGCUCGAGCCCGGUUGAUACUCAGCCGCGCAGGCUGGAAACAACCAACUCACUCCACUCUCGACAAAGCUCUCCCCGAGACAUUUUGUCUAGACGCCCAAGUCAAUCAUCUGAGAAGAAAGAUCUAGCAUUUUCGUUUGAUCAGCUCUUCAACUUUUCAGCUUCGGGCAGUUUCAACGACGAUGCCUAUGUCCCAUCAUUAACGGACUUAACGCCUUCUGAACAGUCUCCGUGGCUGUCGAAUGUGCUGCCGCCACCCGACACCAGCAACCCGAGCAGCUUCAGCGACACAUUUCUGGACGGAUGUCAAAGAAAUGAUGACUUUAGCUUCGAAGCCUUACUCGAAGGCGAUGACGAUGGUAUUGAAGAAAUUAUACGGCAACCUGAUCGAGGUAUGGCAAGCAGAGCUGUGAGCUUCAGCGGGCAGUUUGAUUCCCACCCCUCCGGGCCAAAUAUCUUGGCUACCAGCUUGCUCAGAGAGCCUGUCUUUAGCCUGGCAAACCCUGAAAUGCUCGUUGCGCACUUUGAUAGGUCUACAUGUGGGAUUCUAUCCGUCAAAGACGGUAUACAUGAAAAUCCCUGGCGGACGUUGGUAUGGCCCCUGGCAAAGACCACUCCAGCCUUAUACCAUGCAGUUUUUGCGUUGGCUGCAUUUCAUGCGAGCAAAGACAACCCUUCGUUAAGGGUUCAUGGCGUGGAUCAUAUGCGAAAGAGCAUUACCUGCAUGGUGGAAGAUAUACAAAGCAUGAGGACUGAUGCUGCGUUAGCCACAAGCCUAUCGCUUGCUUUUGCUGACACCUGGGACCAGCAUACUCGAUCUUGUAUACAACACCUCCGAGGAGCAAAGGCGUUGGUGUCUCAGGUUGUAGAAUCUGGGCUACAGGGCGCGAUUCAUGGUGCUCAGCUUAGCAGAGUCCGGUUCUUGUAUAACACUUGGUUAUAUAUGGAUGUUAUUGCUCGAUUGACUUCUCGUGAAGAUCACGGUGGUCAAGGACUCGUUAUUCCAGUUUUCCAGUUUCCUGAAAAUACUGUGCACCAGAUUGAUCCCUUGAUGGGAUGUGCUGCGACGCUCUUUCCCAUCAUAGACCAAGUUGCUCGCUUGAUACAGAAAGUCCGCAAAACAGAAUCGAACUCGGUGUCCCUUAUUUCCCAGGCUAUUGAGCUGAAACAGUUGGUCGAACAAUGGGAGCCACCGGACUGGUUUGAGCCUCCUGAAGAUCCCACUUCAGAGGUCCAACACAGUAUACAAACGGCUCAUGCUUACCGAUGGGCUACCUUGUUGUACCUCCAUCAAGCUGUCCCUGAAAUGCCAUCAGAACCAACGUCAGAUCUAGCAAAGCGUGUGCUGAUUCUUCUUGCCACAGUCCCUCCUAGCUCUCGUACUCUAAUUAUCCAAAUGUUCCCGCUUUUAGUUGCUGGGUGUGAAGCAGAGCAGGAAGAGGACAGAAACUGGGUGCUCAACCGAUGGAGUGCUAUACAAUGUCGACUAAUGCUGGGCUCCAUCGAUCGUUGCAUUGAGGUAGUCCGCGAAGUCUGGGCACGUCGAGAUGCAAGCGAGGCUAGGAAGCAGCAGGAACAGCUUCGAAGAGCUGGCCGCUCGAAUCACAGUACUGGGCAGAUUUCUGGAAAGGACAGAGCUUUCUACACCGGUCGUGGCUUAAUACCUUCUUCACGACGGAGCUCUGCGGUAUCACCACUGGAGAAUAUUGAAUACGAUAGGACGGUUCGAGGAAGAUCGCACUGGGUGCAUGUCAUGCAAGAAUGGAACUGGGAAGUAUUCCUUGGCUGA